AGGGAUCCUCACUCCAGACCACAUCUGACUCGCUCUCCUCAGAGAAGCAUAAGCUCUCCUUCUAAAACGAUGGCUCCUACCUGCAUGCCUUCUGCUGACUACUCAAAGCUUUCCAACAAGGAAAAACACAAACUGAGAAAACCAGUGGUGGAAAAAAUGCGCCGUGAUCGCAUCAACAGCUGCAUCGAGCAGCUUAAGGUGAUUCUGGAGAAAGAAUUCCACCAGCAAGACCCAAACACCAAGCUGGAGAAAGCUGACAUUCUGGAGAUGACAGUCGUCUUUCUGAAGCAGCAGCUGCAAAGCCAGAUCUCAGCACCUCAGAAAGCACACUGUGACGGUUACUCUCAGUGCUGGAGGGAGACCGUGAACUUCUUGUCUGCAAACUCCAAACUUGACAUCACACUUCAACAUCUCAACCGCUGUCAAGAAGCUCAGAGAGCACCGAAUGAUUUCCCAGUGUCUCCACGUUCCUCCCAGAUCCACCAGGCUCCAGUCAAGCAGGAGAUCAGCGUGAACAGGCCUGUGUGGAGGCCGUGGUAGAGACACUGAAUACUGAGACUCUCAUGUUAACCAGAUGGUAGUUUCACCAUCUCUUAAAAUGUAGGAGAUUUAUAUUUCCACAUAUUUCCAAUCUGGAUUUUGAAACUUUCUUCUUACUGAGAAGCACUUAAUGCGUAUAUUCUUCAUAUUGAAGACUGUUAGAAAUUGAACUUUAUAAGUUUGC